CGAGCCUGCAGCCAUGCAGCAGGAGCUUCUUUUCAAAGUCCUGGUCAUCGGAGACUUAGGAGUGGGGAAGACGUCCAUAAUCAAGCGGUAUGUGCAUCAGAUCUUCUCCCAGCACUACCGAGCCACCAUUGGGGUGGACUUCGCCCUGAAGGUGUUGCAGUGGGACAGUAACACUGUGAUCCGGCUACAGCUGUGGGAUAUUGCAGGACAGGAGCGGUAUGGGAACAUGACUCGUGUCUAUUACCGGGAGGCGGUGGGAGCACUGGUGGUGUUUGACGUGACGAGGGCCUCCACGUUCGACGCCGUGCUGAAGUGGAAGGAUGACCUAGACUCCAAGGUGACACUGAACCAUGGGAGGCCAGUUCCAGCUGUACUCUUGGCCAACAAGUCAGACCAGCUGGUUUCCCAGCAGCCCAAACUCGACGUCUUUUGUAGGGAGAACGGCUUCGUCGGAUGGUUUGAGACUUCUGCAAAGGAAAACACAAACAUUGAGGAGGCAGCCCGCUGCUUGGUAGAGCACAUUCUGAGAAACGAGGAGAGUCUAGUGACAGAGCGAGAACCUGGUUCGCUCAUCCUGUCCGGAUGCGCCACGACAUCAAAGCAGCAUCUUGGCUGCUCCUCGUGUUCAAAAUGGUAAUGUCUGACAUCAACAGGCGACCAAGACGGGAAGGCCACGAGAAAUGUUUGACUCAGG